AAAUACGUAGGAGAGCUAGCUCGGCGCGGCAAGCCUGCAUAGCGCUUUUUAUCUAGCUCCGGCGUGUGUCCUGCUGUAGUUCCUGAACCCGUUCUCUCCGCCGCGCACUAAAAGCAAAGGAGCUUCCCGUCAUGUCUCUGACCGAGAAAGACCUGUCCGUGGACUCGCAGGACGAAGACAGCGGACACGAUUCCGCCGACUCCCUCAGUGCAGGGCCCGUGGACGACAGGGAACGGAUUGUGCAUCUCGAGACGGCCGUAGCCUGGAUCAAGGAAGAAAUGGUUAGGUCCAAAAAUGGAGCAAAUGCUAAAUUCAAUGCCCAUAUAUGCACUCUACCCAUUGCUAAGUAUGGUGCGAAAUGCUCAGAGACAAUCUCCGUCACUGUGAUAAGGAGAUUCUACAGGACCUCUGGAAGGUUCGGACAGGGCAUCCACGAGAUCAGAGAGAUACACCGAAAGCAGCUGGAAGCAGAACAAAAGUUCGUGGACGCCAACUUCUCGACUCCACACGGCCACAGACAGCUGAGAAGAACUUCCAGGGGUCCGUCUGAAUCACCAACUUCCCCAAUCUCCCCGCUCUCCCCUCCCCCGAGUAUCACCCGCCUGUCCGCCAGCGCCUUCAACCUUAAGGACCCCUUAGCGGGCACUGCCAAUAGCUCAGACAGCAACGUCCUCGAGAACUUCUUUGGUAGCAACAACAUGAGCAAGUUGAACGCAGUGCUGUGGCAGUCGACUGAUUCCCUGACCCGGACACCUCAGAGAAAGAGCCAGAGUACCGACAAACUCCUCUCAGCCAACCUCCCCCCACUCCCGGAGAAGAAACGACGCUCCAUAUCCCGCAGCCCUAAAAACAGUCUGGUCCACGCUAGCACUCCAGACAUGUCUUCCCUCAGGGGAAAUAAUGAAGGGAUGAGCGAUAUCGGUGUGGAGAUGAAGAAACUACGGAUGAGACUCCGGGAAACUGCCAACCAGACGGUGGCCGAAAUCGAGGAGAAGUUCUCCCCCACAUUCAACCGGUUGACACUAGGACCGGCGAUCGAUCUCCUCCAAACCACGCCCCCUAUGAUUCUAGCCACUCCCACCAGGGAAGUCUGGACAGCUUCCCCAGUCCUGUUCCCUCCGGGGGUCGUGUCGGUGGCUCCCCAUCGGGGCACGGGCGUCAGCGCUCCCUUCCUGCAUCGGUCCCCAACCCCGCCACACCAGCAGAGCAAUCCUCACGCCCGACAUCCCUCCCUCAGCUCCUCCAACGUCUCCGGUCUCAUAACCACCUGCUACCAGAACCAGCAGGACCAGUCAACUGGCUACCACCACCACCACCACCAGAGACCUGCACAGCCACAGCCUUACGAAGUGGCCAAUGGAAUCCCAGUUGGAUCGCACGGCAGACGUCCACCUCCUUCGAUGUCUCGUCAGUACUCCCCAGGCACCCAGUCAGGUGUGAACGGAACAGGAGGUACGGGACAUCCACCUCCAGAGCAGGCUGGGUACGUGUAUUCCAGUGGGAGGUCAAACGGUGGUCGGGUAUAUGCCAGCAACCCCAAUCUCCUCAGUGGAGGUGGGGCAGACUCCUCCACACACUACUCUACGGCCGUCAUAAAGAAGCGACGAUCAAGCGGAACCAAAAACGGGGCCGAGCCUCAGAGUACCAACCAUGCUCAUUAUGGAGGCAGAACUCAUGAGUACGACGUGCUCCACUCACCAGGAUACGCACAGAAUCCUCACCAGCAUCAGUCACAUGGACAAGUCUCGAAUCCCCCGCACCGCAUGGGCCGCACACACUCUCCCAACACUCAUUAUACUCCGGCAGGAAACGGCAAGAUAGCCCAUCCCAACUCUUACCACAGCCAGAGAAGUGUACCUCCGUCCACAAGCGAGACGAACCUCAAAGAAGGGCCGAGACAGAUAAAACCAAACAUGUCGACUGGGGAACUGCGAGCGAGCAUGAGACAUUUUCAGUACGUACCAUUUGCAGAGCAAAAAAGAUCUCUGGCAGUUGGUCGUGGUCGCAGUGGACAGCAGCAUGAUCCCGAAAACACUUGGUUAUAA